CUUGGUUUACAAAUCUCUACACAAGCUCACCGCAGCCUGCGAUUGGACACCAGGCCAAAAGGGGACGGUCCUUUCAGGUCAUUUCAUCCCGGCACUACAAUGUGAUUGGUUAUUUCAACCUGUCCUUCAGAUAGAAGAGGGGUGGGGGGGGGAGCAAAAUACAGAAAACCCCGCCCAUUUCAUCAGGGUUGGCUGCAGCAAAACUAAGCAGAGUAAAUCCCAUCCUGCACAAAUCCAGCUGCUCGAGCAGAAUCCGCAGGAGGAGGAGAGGGUCGGACAUGGGGAGAAAUCAGCGCUGGCCCGUCUGAGACACAACACCGAUAUUGUUUUGUUUUUUUUUAAUUUAUAAAAGGAGGGGGAAAAUACCGAGAGGCCUUAAGGGAAAAAAAAGAAAAGGAUAACAAAAUCAUUCCUGUGCACAGAGACACACACAAAAAAAGAAGCAUUAUAUACAUCAAUGGACUGAAUGAAGACUGCCUACAACGCCUAUCGAUGCCUGGCCAAGGAGGAUCUGGAUGCUUUCGCCAUGAACCCGGAGAUGACAAUGGAUGGCAUGGGCGGCCUGCACGGCGCGCUGAGCGCGAGCGGCCAUGAGCACGAGCUGAUGAGCGGCCACAGCCCGCAUCACGCACGCAGCAGCAACACCACCACUUCCACGUCGUCGUCGUCGUCGUUGCGGAUACACCAGGACCUGGCGUCGCGCUCGGCCAUGGUGUCCGGCAUGGCGACCAUCCUGGAGGGCACGGGAGAGUACCGAGCCGAGCUGUCUCUGCCGCUCCAUCACGGGAUGAGCAUGAGCGUGCCCUGCGACACGUCACCUCCCGGCAUGGGAAUGAGCGGCACCUAUACCACGCUCACCCCUUUGCAACCUUUGCCGCCCAUUUCCACGGUAUCGGACAAGUUCCACCAUCCUCACCAUCACCACCACCAUCAUCACCACCAUCAUCACCACCAGCGGCUCUCGGGCAACGUGAGCGGGAGUUUCACGCUGAUGCGGGACGACCGUGCUCUACCGGGUAUGAACAACCUCUACAGCGCGUACCAUAAGGACAUGAGCGCCGUAGCGCCGAGCCUGAGUCCGCUCGGUAACGGCUUAGGUUCGGUGCACGGCGCGCAGCAGAGCCUACACGGCUACGGCGGCAACACCGGCGGCGGCCACGAUAAGAUGCUGGGCUCCAACUUUGACGCGCACGCAGCCAUGCUGGCCCGUGGGGACCAGCAGCACCUGUCCCGAGGCCUCGGCGGACCCGUGGCGAGCAUGAUGCCGCCACAUCUAAACGGCAUGCACCCCGGCGCCGCGGUGCAUCACCCACACCCUCAUGCGCCCGUGCUGGCGGCGUCCGGCCGGGACAGGCCACCCUCCUCCUCUUCCUCCUCCUCCUCCUCCGGUAACGGCGGCGCGGGGGCGCAGCACCAUCAGCAGCAGCACCAGCAGCAGCUCGAGGAGAUCAACACCAAGGAAGUGGCGCAGCGCAUCACCGCCGAGCUGAAGCGCUAUAGCAUCCCGCAGGCCAUCUUCGCUCAGCGCGUGUUGUGCCGCUCGCAAGGCACUUUGUCCGACCUGCUGCGCAACCCCAAGCCGUGGAGUAAACUUAAAUCGGGCCGGGAGACCUUCCGUCGCAUGUGGAAGUGGCUGCAGGAGCCCGAGUUUCAGAGGAUGUCCGCGCUAAGGCUUGCAGAAGCAUGCAAAAGAAAAGAGCAAGACUCCGGCAAGGAGAGGAGCAAUACACCAAAGAAAUCGCGCCUGGUUUUCACAGACCUUCAGCGGCGAACGCUAUUGGCCAUCUUCAAAGAGAACAAGCGCCCGUCCAAAGAGAUGCAGCUCACCAUUUCACAGCAGCUGGGACUGGAACUGAGCACUGUUAGCAACUUCUUCAUGAACGCGCGCAGACGGAGUCUGGACAAAUGGAUGGACGAAGGCAGUCCCGGCGGAGCCUCAUCCGCUUCCAGCACUUGUACCAAAGUCUGAUUAUUAUUAUUUUUAUUUUUAUUUUUUUUGAAAAGCUGGGGGUGGGGGUGGGUGAGGCAAAAGAUGUGGGAGUUUGUGGAUUGGGGUUUGUGCACCAGACCAAAAAAGUUAUCCAAAGAAGAAAAAACAAUGGGGUGGAUGCGAGGAAGGGAGCGGGGCUGCUUACCGCUAAGCGUAGCAAAUAUUCAUCAUCAUCAUCAUCAUCAUCAUCAUAAGAAUCGAAUGGCGCUAGGUUUCAACAAUUUCCGAAAUUGCUUCGUCUUAAAUAUUUAAUCAAAACCUCGAAACUGUUAAACGUCAAAAUAGUCAUUCCAGACGGAAUUUUCCAGAGUGCAUGCCUGAAAUCAAAGCAGAUCCCUUUCAUGUAAGCGUCCUUUUCAGCCAUGCAUUCGGAAGCUUUUUUUUUCAAAAUCCAAGCUGCCUAGACAAAACACUGAAUUCAGCAGAAAACGGCGAACGAUGCGUGCAUUAGCAAUGCCAAAAAAAUAUUUAAAAAUCCAUGCUAUUGUAGCAUCUUAAAUAAACAUCCGGAUAGUCAUGGUCCUGCUGACAGGUGGAGAAAUUUCCCUGGUCGAUUUUACACUGUCUGCCUAUUGGCAGGGAUGCAAGCACAAAUCUAUCAUAGUUAAGUAAUGGCAACAUUCAGGAAAAACACAACCGCCCAUGUAAACACACACACACAUCAUACAGAGACUGCUAUGAUUUUGUUAAGUGGUCAGCCAGGUCGUACAUGAGCACAAAUGUAAAGCACAUUUCAUUUGCAAUAGAAGAAAAAUAGAAUAAAAAGGGGGUUGGACCAUCAAGAUUGUUCUUCAAUCAUUAGAAAAACUCAGGACGCCGUUUUUAUGAUGCGACUGAAGAACGUCCAUUAACCCUUCGUAACCCUUCGUAACACUUCCAUUACGUCAUGACGGUCAAAUCAUAUGAUUAUUUAACCCGUACUUUCACCAACUAUGGCAGCUUCAUUCGAUUAUUUCCAUUAUACGCAACACUCUCGAAGGAGCUCCAUGAAAGUGAACUGGCGUUGGCAAUCAGGGCCUUUCUAAUAGAAUAAGAGGACAAUCUUCUACACCAAUGCCUGUCAGUUUCUUUCAAAGCUUCCUGGGAAAAGGAUCGAUGCCGAGACCGACAGGUCGAUCGACGUGUUUCCAAAAACGCAGAACACAAAUCUCGCCCGCCAGCGCAAAAACAUUUUCACACGAAGAAGUUUAGCUAAACGACUUAAACGUCCAACCGUCGCCAUUUCAGUCCAUCGUUCACCGCGUCAUCGAGUCGCUUUUUUGUUUUAGGAGAAAAGCAGCCAGUACGCAGCCCCGUUCCCAGCUCCAAAAGCAGGCCAAAGGCUUUAUGGAUCAUUCAAAACGGACACUUAAAAGACUUUUUCUAUUUAUUACUGACAAAUCGAAACCAAAGAAACUUUUUUUCUGCACCUAACUGUUCUACAAAUGAGAAAAAACCAAAAAAACUGUUCGAAAGAUGACUAAGAAACCCCCCCCCCCCCCCAAAAAAAAAAAAAAAAAAACCCACACCAAAAAAAACCCCACAAAACGGAACAGCGACGAACAAACACAUGAUCAAGAAUGAAAAGAAGACGAAGACAACAGGGACGACGCGGAGAACGAUGAAGAGAACUUUGUUCUUUGUUUGAGACUAAGGGGGAAAAAAAACGGGAAGCAGAACAAGUUUCGGAAACCAUCCGUGGCAGAAAACAGCCACUCCCUAAGGCAGAAAAAAAUGUGUCUCUCUCUCUCGCUAUCUUAAACAAAUAAGUUGAAGAUUGUCUUUAACGUGUGCCUAUGCAGUUUUUCACCAAAAAAAUGGGAAAAAAAGAACAACAAGAACCUCAUCAGCUACAAUACCAAAGAUUCCUAAUUUACACCCAACGGCAGUUCCCUGGUCUUGUUCCUCUUCCCUUUUGGUUCCAAUGCUACAUGCAUGGAGAACGUACAUGUUCACUUCGUGUGUGUGCGCGUGCGUGCGUGUGUAUGUGUGUGUGUGUGUGUGUGUGUGUGUGUGUUGUGGGUUCAAUCAUGGGAGCUCUAGGAAUUCGGUCUUUCACACUCAUCCAUACAGAUUAAUCCAAGAUGUAGGGUCAAUGAAACAAUCAUUAAACUUCAGCAUACACCAACACCAAAGCAGCGAAGAAUACGAGAUCAAUGUUUACUAAAGAUCACACUAUAAAACGAUUAACCACCAAUUUUUACACUCAUAUGUGGUAGGAUUGUAAAAAAAAAUGAAUAAAUAAAAAAGAUUGAUCAUUGAUCAAUGUACAAUAAUUAGUUGUACAGGGCAAAUGAGUUUCCCAAAAGCAUCGCAGCACAAAGAUUAUCUCUAAAUGGUUGAGCGAGCAUCACAUUGAACACGCUCUCUCUCUUUGCCGGUUAUGAUCAACUUUUACGAUGCCUUUGUGAAACUGGAUCCUGGGUCCUAGUACCUCCCAGUUAACGGAAAACUCCACCCUGAACGACUUCCAUAUUAAUCCGUAGUUCAAUUCCGAGUUUAGUUUAAACUUCUUUCAUCAACAUUCAGGUCUUAAAACAGCACCGAAUUAGCGAAUUAGCACCAGAAUCACUAAGCACAUCAAUAUGAAUAUAUUUAAUGUGUUUCAGGGUGGAGUUUUCCUUUAAUAUCACAAUUUUCAUCCACUGAUAUAUACUAUUUGAUACAAGCGACCGAAUCUGAGCUCCCAUGUUUGCCCGAAAGCCGUGAUCAGGUGAUCCGAGUCAAACCCACACCCAGAAACUCCAUCGAUGUCUACACGCGCUCGCGUGAAAGCCAACAUUUACCAACGACAUAACUGAUACCGGUUCAUCAUUUCCGAGGAAACUGCUGAAAUAUCGGUCGAAUAGCUUUAUCUUUUCAUUUCUUUCUCUCUUUAAAGCUUCGAGUCCAAAGAUGGCUCCAGUGGUUGCAACCUCUUAAUGACCUUUGGCAUGUAGAGGUCGCGCCGGAGUCCACUUCCACUUUCACCUCAGCCAGGUCUGUAGAAACAACCUUGGGUACGGAAUCCAACCAAAAAAGAGCUUUACGUUUGUUGCUUGUCUUUAGUACUUAAUUGUUCGCCAAUGCCUACAGUAUGUAUGAUAGUUUCCUAGGUGUUUUUUUUUUUUUUGCAAUAUGUGAUUAUUUAUGUAAUUUAUAUUUGUUAUAAUUGAACUUAAUUUAAAAUUGCCAAAAAAUUUCCCUUGGAAACCCUUUCCCCUUGAGUAGCUUGCCAAAGUUUACAUUCUGGUUUUGUUUUGUUUUUUUUCUUUGAGUGUCUGACACUGUCGAACGUAUUUAUUUAUGCCAAAAUGUGCUAGUACAUGUGCAUAGCUUUGUUUUUGUUUAAUUAUUUAAUGUUAUUUAAUUAGCUUUAAUUGUUUGGAUUAAUAUUUAUGGCUCUUUUGAGAAUUUUAGCGCAUCGAAGAUGCAGUGCUUGCGUCCUCCUUUGUUAAUUUAUUUUUAGUUUGCUUUACUUUAAAAAAUAUAAAAAGCAAUGUAUUUAAUUUUAUUUUAUUUUUACAUAGAUUCUAAUGACAAUGUUCCAAAAUGUAGUAGCUGCCAGAUUUUUAGCAAAUGUAAUUUAAUUUUGCCCCGUUUUUUUUUUUUUGUUGAUUUCCCUCCGAAAUGAAAACAAUCUGUUAUUGACGAAUAUUUUCCGAAUGAGCACUGUAUCUCGCCAUCUGUGACUGAUUAACUGUCAUCUUCGCAUCCCGCCAUGACGGACAAGCAGUUCGUUUUCAGCCUGACCUUACUGACGCGGAUUGGACAGGGCAACACGUUAACGGAGAUCAACGUAGAACUCACCAAAGAUUUUUAAGAAAAAAGAAAACAAACAAACAAAACCACGGACGCUGAGAGACCGUUUGUUCAUUGCUUCACUCGUAGAAGGAUAACAGAGGAUUCCCUUAAACACUAGCUGCUUCCAAGACUGACUCGUGUGCGUGUACAAAAAGUCUUUCUAUUUCUAUAGUGAGAACCAAAGAGGCUACCUCACUGAAUUUUCCAUUUGUAAUUUUAAUCGUGUUGAUGAAACCAAAGAUACCAAAGAUUUUUUUCCUCCCUCUAGUACGGUCUGCGCUUGACUCCAUGCUGUUCACUUUGAUAAAUCUCACCCUCUCUAUUCUGAAAACCGUCCCCAAACCCCCCAAAUUACCCCCUAACUACACCUUCUCUAAGCUCAUUACAGUGUGUUUCAGGAUGUCCCUCACUGGUCAGAGAUCCUAAAACCAAAGCUAAUAACCAAAAAUCACAGUCAGGCUGGAGGUUUUGCACAGUUUAACCAGUAUGUGUUAACAUUAACGUUGUUCUUUGUGCGAAAAGAUCGUGUUUUUAUUCGUAUCGUUACAGUAUUAUUUCAACUUGGUAAGAAUUUGCGAGAAGCCAGCUUUCUAGACGGCCUAAUAAAUUGAAUAAAAAUACCAAUUUCGCAUGAGAUCAGGUUGAAUACUUUUGACCGAAAGCAUUCAAAAUAAAAAGUUUGGUAACGUAACUUACAAGAUGUUCAGAAUCAUCUUGUUCGUGAAGUAAAGUAACAGGUUGUUGAGUCUAUACAGUAGAUGGCAGCUUUAAAGGUACAAAGGUCCAAGUAUCUCAAGGGUACAUUUUACGACCUUAUUUGAGUGAAAUAAAACACAUUAGAAACAUAAGAAACAAAGGACAUUCGCUUGAGUUUAUCACCCAAAUAACAGGCACUUUAGGAAUAACAAUCGUAAAUUUCCCAAACAACGAAGAAGCCAAAACGAUAAAAGAUUUGCGAAGCUGAUAUAUGAAGAUAAACACUUUAUCAGAUCAGUAACAUGUAGUAGAGAAAGCUUCUUCAAGCUUUUUUUAAAAAUGUAAACAGUACAUUUCAGGAUUUUCCCCCCUAAUGUCUGAUCCUUAUAUAGAAAAUGUAUAAUAGCAGAUGAUCUAAAAAGUGCUCCCAAGUUAUUUCAUCAUGGAUUCGCGAUCACAAAAACCGUAGACAUUCGUAAAAACCCUCCAAAGUCUUAACGUGCUCUCACGUUUUCAGAUCCAUUACAAUUCACAUGAAAAGAGACAGCGGUCAAAGUUCGAUCUGGAGCGGGAUUAGCGCACAUUUCUUACAACUUCUUACAAAUUGUUUGAAAUCCAACUCCAUGACUCUGGUUUUAAAUUUAUGAAUGAGAUCAGAUGAAUUAUUUGUAAUGUUUGUUCAAAAUUCAGCCAAACAAAUGAUGUGAAAUGGUCAGAUUGUUCAAUCUGAACGAAAACAGUUUUUCGUUUGUUUUUUUUUCCCUUCAAAUAAAAUAAUUCUGUCUUUAUUUCAACCUGAAGAUUUCAAUCUUGAAUCUCUCCAUUGUUUCCAAAGUUCUUCUACAAUUACAUGAUUUCAUAUAAUUAAAAAAAAAAAAAAGUUUUAGAGAACACUGUAGCACACUAUUUGAUCAGAGUUGUGGUUUAUUUGAUUGAUUUAUUUUUAUUUGGUUUGAUGGAAAAAUGAUCAGGAUUUAUCGUAUGGCUUUAUCAUAUGGCUAAUAAAAUCUACUUUAUAUCUAUUUCCCAAUGCAAUAUCCAGUAAUUGUCAGGUAGACAGGCUACCAUCUGAACCAAAAGCUACGUUCAAGAAAAAGCUUUUAACCAAAUUCACAAAAUCUCAACAACAAAAAAAAUCCAAAUAUAGCCUACUCAUCGAAAAACCAAAGAGACUGCUGAGGAGAACCUUCUGGAAAACACGGCAGAGCUGCAUUCGGUGUAGUGGAGAAUCGAAGAUAACAAACGGCAUGUGUGAUUGAAGCUAUGGAGAACUGAAGCUAUCGAGAAUUUCCUCAUGGGAAAAAAAAAACCCCGAUUCUGUCCGUAUUCAGCUAACGAUUUUUAGAGAGCGCUCAUACUCAUCACAAAGUAUGAGAUAACCCUGGGAUGAGUGCCUUGCUUGAACCAAAGCGAAGUUUUCGACCUCUCCGUACUUCUUCUUCCUGCGUAUACCUCAGCGUCAGUCGGACCUGCGCACGCUGGCCAGGUUUAUUGGUGCUUUGCAAUACAAUCAUGCAAAGAACAACAACUGAUACCAAAGGCUUUAAAUAAAAUUCCUUUCUCCUCAUUCUCUCUCUCUCUCUCUCUCUCUCUCUCUCUUCCCACUCAACGGUUGCAUAGCUUUAAAAAAGAACAAGAGCGGGGUGAAAUAAAUAAAAAAAAUACAUACAUUUUUUUAAAAUAAAGAGCGGCAUGUCUAAAGCGCAGACCGUGCUUUUCCUUUACCAAAAUUUUUCUCAGAUAUACCUCAUAGAUAAUAGUGUUUAGGGUAAUGUUAUUAUAGUGUAUGUAAUAAAUUAUUCACUUGCUCUUCUUUUUUUGGUAACUGUGACUUUACAAGACGAACCGAAAAAAAAAAGCUUUAUACAUUUUGAGUUGUGAUUUUUGUAAUAGUCGAAUAGGUGCGCUUACCAAAAACAACAAAAAAAAAAAAACCUAAUGCUUGUCUUAUCUCUUGUUGAUGUGCGGAUGAUUUAUUUUUCUUCUUCCAUAUUUUGUGGUACAAAGGGUUUUAUCUGCUUUUGUUAUCUGCUCUCAGCUUUGUUUAGUAUUUUUGUUUUGUUUUCUGAGGGUGGGCUUAUAUUCGUAACGUUUGUACGUUCGGAUUAAGAAUUGCUGUUUUGAUUGAGUCCAAAGUUUACAUUUAUUUAAUUUUUUUGCACGUUCAUGCCAAAGACAACUUCCUUCAUCCCUCCUGAAAAAAAAAAAAAAUAGCUUUGACCAGCUAUGAAUUCUGCUCUAAUUCUAAUCCAAGCUUGUUAGUGCCAAUCUGAUGCAUGGCGAACCUUGCUGGUGUGACUAGCAUGGUCUAGCAGCUAGCAUGCUGGUUUAAGCUGUCCACUCCCCAACCCCCCCCCCCCCCCCCCGACUGGUGUUUCAUUUCCUCUACUCGUUUUUAGUCUUAUCUGUUGUGUAGUGAAACACCUAGCAGUCAUUCAAACACUGUAGCCCUGAUUUUAUGCAUGAAUAGAUUUACAGCUAGCUAGCCGUGUAAAGCAUUGGUGUUAAGAAUUUGUUCUUUGCUACAUUUUUAUUUGAUUUAAUUUUUUUGCACGACAGUCUGAUAUAGUUUCGGAACAGUUCUGCUGUGUAUAUACACCGGUCCACUUCAUCUUCCUCGACCAAAGUAUUAUGGACAAUUCAGGACAAAGUUGACACGUAAGAUAAACCAAAGUGUAGAAUAUUUAGGGUAUCUAUAAAAGUAAGAAUGUCAGCUGUACCAAAAAUGUCUCAUUUACUAUCAUUACAAAUCAUCUUUCCUUCUGUUUAAUGCCAAAAUGCCAAUCAUUUUGCAAGCCUCGAAUACGAGAAUACAACCGCAUCACAGGAUGAACUGUACCCGACAAUCUAUUCUAAUAAUCUAAUAACACUUCAUUCUGCUGAGAGAAAAAUGGUACUAUGAAUAUACCCUCAGAGGUCCCACAGUGUACCUUCAGGUCCAGGUAUAUACCUUAAAAUAGUUUUAAAAGUACAUUCCAUUGACUUUCCAACAAGGCAUUCCUCAAGGCUACAGUUUAGGACCGUUUAUUUUCAUUUUUUCCCCUGCAUUUUAUUCUGUAUAUCCUGCAUAAUUCGAAUAAUAUCUUAAACUGUCCAAACAUUGUCCAAAGAUAUAUCCAUUAAACAGAUUAAACAGACUGCGAAGGUUUAUUUAAAUAACACUGUGGUGUGUAAGCUGAUCAAAAUCGAAACAAUAAUCAGUGAAGACAAUAAACGAAGAUUUACCAAAUUAGUAACUUGUAGUAGUGAAAUGUUUUGAAUGGUCCUUAAAUGAAUUUAUGAGUAUGAAAGGGAUUCCAUGCAUUAAAGAAUCAUACGUUUAAAAACCGGGUGAUUGAACGGAUCAAAGAAAUUGGGUUGGAUCGUUGUUCUUCCACAUGACGUCGUGCGAACACAAAAUGAAGGAAAUCAUAAUGAUUUUCGGAUUUCAUCAUAAUUUCAGGAAUCCAACAAUGUUUUUUCCUUUCUUUAUUAUUAUUUGUACAACAAAUACUUCCACAAAGGGAAAUUGUAAUAGAUGAGAUGUAAAAAAACAAAAACUUCAUGAUCAAUGCAACAAAAAAAAAAUGUCCACGGCAGAGGUGCUAACACGGCUAACAAGAAAGUCUUAGCAUGUGUAGAGAAAAGGAGAGAAAAAAAACUAGAUUUUUAUCAACAAAGCCCUAGUAAGUGUCUGCAGACGAGAUGGUUAGGAAACAGCAAGGCAAAAAUCCAGUGUGACUUAAUAAUAAUUAGCGACUCUUCCAUUUUGUUUUAUUGACCAAAGACACCACAGUCUUGUUUUCAAUUGGCUCACAAGACUGAGACCUAGGAAUUUAUAGGCCAUGCCUGCUGAAUUCUACUAAUCCCAGUUGAGUUUGUUUAUGCUGAUUAAUGCUAAUCCGAUGAAUCUGGUGCUAGUGUGGCCUAACAGCUAGCAUGCUGACUUUUUACUCUGACUUGUGUUUAACUUCCACUAGUCAUUUCUAGUCUUAUUGGAUCUGUAGCUAAACAAUCAGCACUGAUAUUAGCAUGCGUAGAUUUACAGCUAGCUAGUCAAACUUCGCCAAGAUAAAGUCAAUAUAAAGUGAACUAAAGCAGUACAAAAAUGCAUCUUUCAUGUCCGGCGUCCUUUCCCGUUCGGUGAAUCGGCUUUAGAUGUUUUUAUUUUGUUUUUGUUUCUUUUUUUAAAUUCAUAAAACAACUUCGUAACAAGACUGCAAAAAUCGUACAUGCAACCGUUAAACCGUAAAUGUUGGCACCUCUGUCGCUGAAAAGAAUAUAAUGUAUUAACGAACACCGUAUUGUAUUAUUAACCAAAGGAAACGAUGUCUCACUACGUGACUACACUACGUGAUCUGAGACUAACGAUUGUAUUUUGCUCGAACUUUAUUUCGGUUGAUUUCUCCUACACCUUGAUCAGUAUUCCUUCCUGGAUUAUUACAUGCAAACGAAUGUGAUGUAACGUGAAGGACAAAACCGACAUUUCAGAUCGUUACGUUUUUCUGUCUACGUGAACGACGCCCACGUCUCUAAACGUCGCCUUUCUUUGAACGUGACGUCACAGAUGUCAUUUUGCUCAAAAUAGAUUCAAUCAAUUCAGUGCCAAUAGAUUGUCAGUGCUAAAUUACACUUCAGUUAAUCGAGCUCACGUUUAUCCAAAACCAAUCCCAGAGCCCUUGAGGCUCUAUAUUUGUAUUACUGGAUUUUUAUUGUUUUUUUCCCUUUGGAUUUGUUACUGAAUUAUAUGAAUUGAUUUUCAAAAUACUUUUCAUUUGAACCCUAUUUUGUUUCAAUUUCAUUUUGUGCCUAUACAACCUUCCAAGAUGUCCAAUUAAAAAAAAUAUGAAUUUCCAAAACUGAAAUGAAACUUUCUGUAUUUUUUUUAUUCAUUUCUUUUUAAUGUUUUGAGUGCAUACUGGGUCUGAUUUCUUUUUAAAAAAAUUUUUUUUUACUUUGUUGGGGAAAAAAGCUCAGUGUAUGAACCUCCUACAAUCUUGUAGGAACUCGUAGGUAUUUGAGUAUUCGAGCCUCCCAUCUUUGCAAUAUUAAUAUCUGUGUUUGAAUAUAAUAGAAAAAAAGGGGGUGGGGGGACAGUUAAUGAAAGAAACCCAUAUGUAUCAGUGUUACACGUUUUGAUGACUGCAUCCAGCAUACACUAGAGCUUUUAAAUAUUGGUAAUGAGUUCUUGAUGUAUUGGGCACUUUAAAACUAUAAAACUAAUGUAGAUCCCAGUCCUCUUCCAGAAUUUGUGUGCUUGUGUACUGUUUAUCUUCACUGUUUGCUGCAUUACGCUCGAACGUUGCUAAGCGCAUUAGUGAUUUGUCUGCAUCAAGCUUCUGACUUCCUUUUUGUUUUUUUUGUUUUUUUAAUUUUUUAUUUUAUUAUUUUAUUUCUUUUCCUUCGGUACCUCUUGUUUUUAUUCUCACUAUCAUCAGAUGGUAGUGCUGUAUAUUCUGCUAUUAAUAUCUAAUAAACAGCUUUGAUUCAUUCACA